AUGUCCGCUGUCUCAACACUUAUGGUAAGUACAGAUCGUAUUAUUUCACUAACAUUUCCAAUGCGAUAUUUUGAAAAGAAUUAUUCAUAUCAAAUUAAACAGAUCAUUUUUUAUUUUGGUUCAGUAUCAUUAUACAUUUUAAUUGGUUGGAUUUUAUCCACCACCAGAGAUAUCGAUUCCAUGUUGAAAAGUUUUUGCUGGACAAGUGAUGUUCUGGAACCAUUUUUUGCGAAUCUGAAUGCUUUGGUGAUGAUUAUUUCCACAUCUUUAAGUGUUAUCCUUUACAUAAUUGUGUAUUUGCUAAGUAGAAAACAUCUUCGCCGAAUAAAAAGCAAUCAAACGGAAAGAUCAUUACGGUUAUUCGAAGCACGUCAACGUAAGCUCACCAUUACAAUAGGUGUAUCUUGUGUGCUUACUUUAUUCUUCUACGUGAUACCAUUAUCUUUUAAGAUGUUGAUAUACGAUUAUGAUGAUGAUCCAACAACCUACUAUGACGAACUAUUACGUAUGGCAGUAGCUAUUAGUUGUAAUUUGAAUCCAAUAACAAAUAUAGCUGCAAUCCUAAUAAAACAGGAUGAUAUUGCAUGUUACGUAAGACAAUUAUUUCCGAAAUGUAUUCAGAAAAGUAUUUUUAAGUGUAAUCAAAUAACGAUUGCUUAUUGCGUGAAAGAGUAA